UCUUCUUAGUCAAUGUUCAAAGUCUAUACAAGUUGUUUUUACUACCCUGAGCCACUUGGGGAAUCCCCAUGUAACUUAUAUCCUGCUUGCAAAUUGGAUAUCAUGUGACCAAGACUUUGAGGUACAAAGUGCACUGAACCAUGAAGCUAUGAAAAAAUAGUCCCGGGUAUAACUUUUUCUUUGCAGGCGCCAUGUUGGAGGAAGUGUUACCUGACAUGUCUAAAGGUUGUUCCAAAAUGCCAGCUCAUCGUGGCCCCCCCUCUAAACAAGACCUUCCGUCCACACAAUUUCAAGAAGAGUUUAAAAAUCUAGAGGAUUACUCUGAAGAUGACAAUCUUCAAGAGGCAAGUAAGGACAAAAAAUGGAUCAGGAAGAGCACAAUGGAUGAAGAAAAGACCCACAGGACAGAGCCAGCUGGAUGCGAGGUGUCCAGAACAGCCGACUGCUGCCCACCCCUGGGACAGGGAAACCAGCAGCAGAAUAAUCUAAACCAGGAUAGAGAGAGAGAGAGACAGGAUAGGGAAUCCCCAACACCCUCACUGAUGAACCAGAUCAAAGUCAUGCAUGAGGACAUGAAUAAGAACAUGAGACAGCUGCUGCAGAAAGCUAUGCAGGAGGAGGAGGGGCAGGUGAAGAAAAUUGUCUCUCUUGAGGAUAAAAUACAGGAAAACCUCAACAGCUUUCUGGAAGAAAAGAGCAUGCUGGAAGCCAAAUUGUCUGAAAGGGAGCAAAACAUAAACAGCCUCCAAGAUGAAAAUAAAAUGUUAAAAGCUGAAAUGCAGAUUAUGACAUGUACACUGAAUAAAAAUCAAGGAAAGAUAAAAUGCCUUCUGCAAGAAAAUGACAUGCUACAGGCCACAGUGAAGGACCUGGAGCAUAAAAUGUAUGAAAGCCAAGAAAACAAGAAAAGUCUGCUGCAAGAAAAAAAAAUGCUGGAAGAUGAAGUGCAGAAUAUGGCAUGUACUCUGUAUGAAAGGCAAGAAAACAUCAACAGUCUCCAGAAAGCAUGGGAUUGGCUAGAUGCCAAAGUGAAGGACCUGGAGCAUGCACUGUAUGAUGGGCAACAAAGCAUCAACAGGCUCAAGCAAGAAAAGGGUACACUGGAAGCAAAAGUGCAGGAACAAGAGCAUACAAAACAGAGGCACAUCCAGCGAAUGAUUGACUUAGUAAUCUCCAAGCAGGAACUACACAAUACUCUGUACUCAUCUUCUUAUCCAAUGAGAUACAGACUCCAGCCUGAGAAAAAUGGCUGUGCCCUGAUUAUUAGCAACACCCAAUUCACAACAUCAGUGAGGAGUGAAAGGACUGGUGCUGAAAGAGACCCCCAACAACUGAAAGAAGCUUUCCAAAGCCUACCAGUCAAAAUUGAUGUGAAAGCCCACCAGAACCUUAAUCUGUCCACCAUGCUGAACGUCCUCCGAGACGAGGCCAACAGAGACCAUAAGGAAGAAGACUUCUUCAUUUGCUGCAUUAUGACCCAUGGCACACAGGGCAAGGUGUUUGCCACUGAUGGCUUUAGUGCUGAACUUCUUGAUAUUCUUUCCCUCUUUAAAGGAAAGCAAUGCCCUACUCUUAUGGGUAAACCCAAGCUGUUCUUUAUCAGUGCAUGUCAGGGGGAUAAGGACCAAACUUCAGAAAAAGGAGGAGCUCAUACUGAUGCAUCACCCUCACCCAUUCUGGCAUACCUAUCCACAGAGGCUGAUUUCUUUCUAGCUCUAGCCACAGUGCCGGGGUAUGUGGCAUACAGGGGGGAGGAUGGGGCUCACUUUGUCAAUGUUCUGGCAGAAGUGUUGAAGGAAUAUGGAAAAUCCCAAGACCUAAUGAGUAUGAUGACUACAGUCAGUAGGGAGAUGAACAAGAAAUUCAAGUACAGUCCCUUCUGUUGUACAACACUCAGGCACAAGCUGUUCUUCGAUGAUUAUCCCUAUCCAGUGACACGCAUUAGGAGCCCUUGCUCAUCAACCCUGCCUCCGACCAUCGAGACACCAAACGAUGGGUGUAGGCAACAACCGUAUUGGACAAGCGUAUAGGCCACAACCACCUAUCCAGGAUGUCAGACCCAUAUGCCUAUAUGCACAUCAUGUACAAUCAUAUACAUCAUGUAACAUCUCUGGCAGGAGGAUACUGUAAAUGUCAAGUGUCCAUCCUCAUGCCAUCCAUCCCAAGUUGGCAUGGCCAGUUUGUAGCUAAGGUAAUGGACCAUUCCUGAUCAAACACAUCAAAAUAAUCCCCCGGCAUGUUCUAUUUCGAACACGUCCGUCAAAGUCCGCCCGCCAGAAUGUCGGUUUUGCCGCCCAACGUUAUGGUCGAGUUUUCGGCAGCGAAAAACUCUAUCAGUAGCCAAAAAGAAGUGGUACGCUAUCUUUGUUAAAGUAUACAUCCACAGAGUAAAACGUCUUUGAGAAGGGGACAUUGUUAGUUUUAAUAAGAGGAAAAUGUUUGCACUCGAUGGGGACGCGGGAUGCGCCGCAUAACAUCAAAUGGUAGACAGAUAAGAGUGCCUGAAUUUGCUGACAGGUGACAGGUUUUCCACAUCCGUGACAGGUUUUCCACAGCAUUUGCUGCAUGUUUGCAGCAACAUGCAAGCCAGGAACAAAAAGAAAUGAGAUAAAAGCAGCUCGGGUGCUCACAAGGGAGGGCGCAACUUAUAAAGGGCUUUGUGAUACAAGUAGAAACAUAAGCAGGCAAACUAAAGUUCACUUUCAAUUAGAAGUAAAGUAGCGUCAUUAAAUUUGACCAAAACAACUUUCCUUCAUCAGAGUAAAUGCACAAAGUACUGUAAUAUGAUUGUAAUGAAAUCAUAGCACUCAAUUUUAGCAGUACAAUGAUCUAGUGAGUCAGGACUGUAUAAAGUAAAAUUUGGCCUAAUGACGAAUGUAUGUGAGUAAAAGUUUUGUAUGCAAUCCAUGAGAUAUAGACAAAGAAAUGGAUUUCUCAAAUUAAGACAAGUCUGGAGCUUUGAAAACUGUUACUGUCAGUACUAUCUAUAGUCUGGUAUAAGUACUACAUCUACAUGACUGUACAGUAUGCAAUGCUACUGUGUAACAUUGUUCCCAUCAUUUCAAUGAGGACCUACAUGCUUUUGGAUUUUGUAAAUUACUACUAAAUUAGCAAUAUGUGUUUGGUUUUUAGCUGUUACUAACUCAUACAAGGUUGUUGUUUGCUUUUGUGUACAUAUAAUGUUCAUCAAUAAUAAAUAAAAGACAAUAGUUCCGAGACCUCAUACCUCCAUGAAAUAUGGGCUUGAUAUGUAAAUGUAAAUUUCUUCUUAAAGGUGCCCUAAGCAGUUUCAGUGCUCAAAAUAUGGAAUUUUUAAGAAUGCUGAAAUAUUUAUGUUACUGACAUUUACUAACACUGUUUAGCACAUUUACGUGCUAAAUUCAUAUUAUGCGUGUUUUAAAACUGCGCAAAACCGAGCAGCACGAUCAUACCCUUAGUUACUCUAGCCUAGAGUAAGUAAGGCUGAAAUCACGGAAUCCAACCGUUUCCU